AUGGAAGAACUUCAAAUUGCCUUUGUGGGGUCACCUCCACCUUCAGGAGAGGAGAUUUGCGCUUCCGAUAUAAACUUUGAUAGGACUCUUCCUGGUUUGCAUCAAUAUCUUGGAACAGAUUUUAUAGAUGUAGGCGGGAGGACGUUUUUGGAGCCUGGGAGUGAGACUCAUAUGUAUGCAUUUUAUCGCAAGGAUGUUGUGUUGGUGCCCGGACAUUCUCUUCCACUGAUACCUUAUGAUCCAUUGGAAUCAGAUCUUCUCCAAAAAAUUAAUAAGGAGAGAAAGCCCUUGAUAUUUCUUCCUGGGUAUCAAGAUCAUGUGAGCUUGGGGGAUUUUAUUGGUUGUGUUGGUACUACGGCUGACUUAGUUGCCAUCUGUAUUCCUGAUUCAAACGAAAAUGCUCCUAUUCGUGCUAUGUUUAUUGGCAGACAACGGAUUCGUAUCACUAAAGCAACGCGUGACUCUUUAUACCCUCUUGUUUGUCAUGGUACAAUUUUACCAGAAGCAUCUUUUGAUCGUGAAAUGGCCAGUCACCCUUUGGGUUGGGGAUUGAUUCCUCGAUCAUUGUCUCGUUUCGGUCGCGACCCACUACCAGCACGUCCAAGUUCUCAGAAUUCCAACUCAUUAAACCAAGUUUCAGCCAGUGCAGUGUCUACAAAGUAUUCAAACACUCGUCCCUCUCACAAUAGUCUACCCAGUUCUCCCCCAUCACAUUCUCUCACAGUAAACUUUUGUGUCCCACCAGCAGGCAAUGCCUUUUCUAUUUUCGAUUCCCGGUUGAGUACCUGGAGAACUGCAGGACCCAUCAGCUCUGGAAAUAUAUAUCCGUCAUGUAGCUCCGCAGGAGCUCGACUUGAUCAUUUUGUUGACGAUGGUUCAGACCAGGAAGACAACUCAAAAAAAUCGAAAUGUGAUCCUGAUAAGUUUGACAAUGAAGGCGAUACGGAGGUAAAUUGUGCAUCAUCCAGUUAUAACAAAAAGCAGGUUGUAAAAUCAGGAAAUAAACUAGCUAGAUCUUCCUCACUUUCAGAAGACAUUGAAUUAAUUGUGGAUCGUGCUGUUGAUCGAGUUGGCAGACCCUUUCAUUAUCGUAUCAAACAGCUUUGUGAUCCUCGUCUCUUGGCUCGUCGUGAUGUUUUAGCCGCAGUUGCGCAAGCUUACGCUUCUCUACCGUAUUGGGUUUAUCGACAGUAUGAUUUGAAUUAUUUAGUUGCAGCCAUUCAAGCGGAACUUUAUAAUUGGAAUGAUACUUGGCAAGUUGAUAAAUGGAAUCCUGAAUUAGCCGUCCCUUUUUCUUACUGGCUAAUACAAAAUCUUCCGAUGUCUGGUUCGUUGAAAUCUCAUAUAUUGGGUAUCGAUCAUGUUGUACAACGUUUACGGGCUUUGCUAGAAGUUAUACGCCGUUCGACAGCCUGUGUUUGUUCAUCAUGUGAUGCAAAUAUCACUUCAAACCAAUAUAUUAUAUGCCUUGCUCAAGAAGGAAGUUCACAGACGUAUAUUAAUCCGUCUGGCAUUUUACACGAUAUUGUAACUGUGAGUCAAGUCACACCAAAUUCUGUUAAUCUUAUCGGUGAGGCCUCAGCUGAAUAUUCCUGGUUCCCUGGUUAUUCUUGGACAAUAGCCAAUUGUAAUAGCUGUUACCAGCAUAUGGGUUGGUUAUUCAAAGCGUUAAAUGAUCAGUUACGUCCACGAAAAUUUUGGGGUAUCCGACGUCAGACAGUUGUACCCGGUUUAAUAAGUGCAUCAGAUUGGCGUCCUUGUAUUUAA